UAAACAAAGUCUGUAAAUAAGUUCAUUCUUGUUACCAAUUCAGCCCUAUUUCUCACAUUUCAAAACCUUCUCAAAGCCUUUAUAUUACUCGUUACUAUAUAUAUAGCUUUUCUUCCAUUUUAAAACAUCAAGGUUUAUUUAUUUCCGUUUUCAUUUGCUUGCAGGAAUUAAAGCGACAUGUCAUCUGUUCUUGAAAUACAAUAUUCUGGCCACCAACAUCCACUUAAACUAAAACGUCCUCCAGCACCUUAUUUCUGCGAUGGGUGCAAAGAGCUUGGUUUUGGCAUAUGCUACCAGUGUGAAACUUGCAACAGGUUUUCAAUCCAUAGAGAAUGUGCAAUUCCAACAUCUCCUACUUACCUCCAUUUUUUCAACGAUUGUCGUUUUGAGUUUUACGACAAAUCUCAAAUAACACCCGAUGAAGGAAGAGAUUGUGAUGUUUGUGGAUUGGAUAUAAAAGGGUACGUGUAUCAAUGUUCUUGUGAAAAAUAUGACAUGCACCCUCAUUGCGCUAAGCUCCCAGAAACCUUAGAUCGCGAAGGUGUGAAAUUACAACUCAAGAAAAAGAGUUCACUAAAAUGCCGAAAAUGCCAUUUCAGGAUCAAUUCAAGAAAAGGUCCCAAGGGCUUGUGUUAUGUCUUUAGCUGUGAGACUGAGACCUAUUGCUUUCACGUAGCUUGUCUGAAGGAAAUGGUUUAUGAGAAUUGGCAAAAUAGCUAUUUUAAUGGUGAUAACAAAGAAAGUGAUGAAGUAAGUAAAGAAAAUGAUUUGGCACUGCAAAGCACAGUUUCUAGCAGUAGUAGUACAGAAAUAGUGGAGCAGAAGAGAAAGAGCUCAAGAAAUGGAUGGAAAAUGGCAAUACUAGUUAUGAAGCUUAUUCUUUCUGCCAUUUUUGGAGAGCCAAUUACUGGGUUUACUGCUCUUGUUGCUUCUCUUGCUCAUAUUCUCUUCCAAAUUUAAUUCGGUCUGGGAGCCUUGGAGUUCGGAAUUUGGUCGUAAACUUGACAGCUAGCAUGGAGAGACGAAGCUCUUGCAAGAGAAUGAGCAUUUGCAUUUGCUCUUUCAUCUUUAAUUUUAUUCUUGUUCGAUUUAAUUAUCUGCGCAUAUAGUAGUUUAUUAUUAUUAUUUCUUUUUGAAUAUGUUCUUUUGUAGUUCUUUGAAGAGUUCCAAACAAUUACAAAAUUGGAAUUGUGAAUGAAAGUUUUUGGUA